GGCAUAGUGGGGCGAUCACAGGGAGGAGUCAUGGGGCAUGAAAGCAGAAAGACUACAUCUCCCAGGCCGCCACGCUUUCCAGAUGGAGUCCUAGGGCGCUGAUUGCUCCCCAGUUUCCGCAGGGAAACGUUAGGCUACCACAACUAUUGUGCGUCGCGCUCUCGCCCUUUUCUUCCCGCUGGGUUGUCUAAGGGGGAAGGCGACGUUUCAGCGCCCUCGGGUCUUAACCCUUCCGGCGCCUAACAGGCCACUAGGCCCGCUCCUCCGGCCAGGAAGAAGUCCUGGGAGCCGCGGGACUCUGGUAACGAAACUCGAGCGUUAAAGCAGGCGGCUGAGGAAGGAGCCGGGGCGCUCGGGCUGGGCGUUAUGGGAUCCGCUGGGCAGAAGCGCUGGCUUUAAGAAGGGGGAGGGGACGGUGCAGUCAGGGUGGCCGGCGAGCUGGGCAAAGGAAAUCUUGGGCAAGCUCGGGAGCCGGGAGCGCAGGGGAGGCGGCCCUGAUUGGCGUUCACCUCCGCCCACACUCUGGGCGGGCGAAGUGUUACUUUUGCAAUAGCUCAGGAGGGGUUCUACGGAUCUCCGGAGGCUGGCUGUGCCACGGUUUCUGCUGCUGGCCAAAGGAGACGAUGCCUAGGGGGCAUGCUGCUUGCUAGGCAGCACCCCGCAGGGAUUCUACCGCGUUUGUUCGCCCUUCCUGCCACUGAAGCCAUCGCUGGGCCACCCGUUUCCGGUGCAGACCAACCAGCUCUCCCCAGGAAUCUCUUCCGAAUAGAACCAUGGGGCAUCCCCCGUUGGAGUUCAGCGACUGCUAUUUGGACAGCCCUGAUUUCCGCGAGAGGCUCAAGUGUUAUGAACAGGAGCUGGAGAGGACUAAUAAAUUCAUCAAAGACGUGAUCAAAGACGGCAACGCGCUUAUCGGUGCAAUGAGAAAUUAUUCCUCAGCUGUUCAGAAAUUUUCCCAGACGCUGCAGUCCUUUCAGUUUGAUUUCAUUGGAGACACUCUGACAGAUGACGAGAUUAACAUCGGACAGAUGACGAGAUUAACAUCGGUACACAAUGCUAGUGAUUUGCUGAUUAAACCCCUGGAAAAUUUCCGGAAGGAGCAAAUAGGCUUCACCAAGGAGCGGAAAAAGAAAUUUGAAAAGGAUGGCGAGAGGUUUUAUUCCUUGCUUGAUCGGCACUUACAUUUGUCUUCCAAAAAGAAGGAAUCUCAGCUACAGGAGGCAGAUCUCCAGGUGGACAAGGAGAGGCAUAAUUUCUUCGAAUCUUCUCUUGAUUAUGUAUAUCAAAUUCAGGAAGUUCAAGAAUCCAAGAAGUUCAAUAUUGUUGAGCCAGUCUUGGCCUUUCUUCAUAGCCUCUUCAUUUCCAACAGCUUGACUGUGGAGCUCACACAGGAUUUCCUCCCUUACAAACAGCAGCUCCAGCUAAGUUUACAGAAUACAAGAAAUCAUUUCUCCAGUACCCGGGAAGAGAUGGAAGAGCUUAAAAAAAGGAUGAAAGAAGCUCCCCAGACAUGCAAGCUUCCAGGACAGCCAACUAUUGAAGGCUAUCUCUAUACACAAGAGAAAUGGGCUUUGGGAAUAUCCUGGGUGAAAUACUACUGCCAAUAUGAGAAAGAGACCAAAACACUCACCAUGACGCCAAUGGAGCAGAAGCCAGGUGCUAAACAGGGACCCUUGGACUUAACCCUGAAGUACUGUGUGAGACGGAAGACAGAAUCUAUCGACAAGAGGUUCUGUUUCGAUAUAGAAACUAAUGAAAGGCCAGGAACUAUCACUCUGCAGGCACUUUCAGAAGCUAACAGAAGACUAUGGAUGGAGGCCAUGGAUGGAAAAGAACCUAUCUACCACAGCCCCAUAACAAAACAGGAAGAAAUGGAGCUAAAUGAAGUGGGAUUCAAGUUUGUUAGGAAGUGCAUCAAUGUCAUUGAGACCAAAGGGAUCAAGACAGAAGGCUUGUACCGCACCGUGGGAAGCAAUAUUCAGGUUCAGAAGCUGCUGAAUGCCUUUUUUGAUCCUAAAUGUCCAGGAGAUGUUGAUUUUUACAACAGUGACUGGGACAUUAAGACAAUCACUAGCUCCUUGAAAUUUUACCUAAGGAAUCUUUCUGAACCUGUCAUGACCUAUAGACUUCACAAAGAGCUGGUCUCUGCUGCCAAGUCUGACAAUCUGGAUUACCGACUGGGAGCUAUUCACUCCCUGGUAUAUAAGCUACCAGAAAAGAACCGGGAGAUGUUGGAACUUCUUAUAAGACACUUGGUCAAUGUGUGUGAGCACAGCAAAGAGAAUCUAAUGACUCCCUCCAACAUGGGUGUGAUAUUUGGGCCCACACUGAUGAGAGCUCAGGAGGAUACUGUGGCUGCCAUGAUGAACAUCAAAUUCCAGAACAUUGUGGUAGAAAUCCUAAUUGAGCACUUUGUUAAGAUCUAUUCAGGUCCACCCGAGGAAAAUGCUGCACCCCCAGUACCUCCACCUCGAGUGACAGCAAGAAGGCACAAACCAAUCACUAUUUCAAAGCGUUUGCUGCGGGAACGGACAGUUUUCUAUACUUCUUGCAUGGAUGAAAAUGAAGAUGAAAUUCAACAUCAAACACCCAAUGGUACUAUCACCAGCAGUAUAGAAACCCCUAAGCCACCACAGUACCCCAAAUUGUCUAUUCAGAGGAGUGGGGAAGCUGAUGCUGGGAGGAAGUCCCCAAGUAGGCCUGUUUCAGAUGGCAAACUAGAGUCCUGCCCUGAGGUGGAUGUGGGAAAGUUGAUGUCUAAGCUGCAGGAUGGAGGGACCAAAUCUAUACCAAAGGCCACCAAUGGACCUGUUCCAGGCUCUGGGCCCACCAAGGCUCCCUCUUUCCACAUAAAGAGGCCAGCUCCACGGCCUUUGGCUCACCAAAAGGAAGGAGAUUCUGACAGUUUCAGCAAAUUGAGACCUUCAGGAGAAAAACCAACUAUCAGUCGACCUCCAGUGAGGCCUCCGGAUCCUCCCUGCCGGGUAACAACUCCCUCCAAACCAGAAGUAAAGCCAGAUAUUGUGGCUGGCAAUACAGGAGACAUCCCAUCAUCUGUGGUGGCUUCUAGGACCAGGUUCUUUGAAACAGCUUCCCGGAAAACAGGAAGCUCUCAAGGCAGACUUCCUGGAGAUGAGAGUUGAGGCCACAGGUUAUAAACGCCUUGGCCUCGAGUCCUUUUCCAGGUUCUGGAAGGGUCUCCUUCAAACCCUUGUGUGCUAAGUCAUUUUGUGCUGAGGAGCAGCUCCUUCCUGGCCCUGCACCUUCAGGCUCUCGGAUGCCAUAAAAUAAGGGGUAAAUGUCCUAGACACAGAUUUAUUUAUCCUUCGUAUUCUGUAUUCAUUCCCUCAGAAUGUCUAUCUUGAGCUGCUGUAAGUCUGUGAAUGGCUGAACUCUCUGAAACCAGACUCUGCAGAAACAAGCUAUCCACUGUCCUGAGUUGAAGAGAGGAGCUCAGUUUUCAACUCUUCUCUGAACUUCCUGCUUCUUCAAAAGGCCACAGAACUCUGAAAUGUUUGGGCCUAAAGACUGAUCUCAGAGGUCUUACUCUGAGCUAAAAGCUACUUGAGUUGGGGCCAUUGCUUACCUUAGAAGUAGGAAGUAGGAAAGUUUGCUGAACAUUGCACAAGCUUAACAUGUAUUUUAUUCAAGAUAUGGACCCUGGUACCAGAUUGGAUGUAUGGCACUGCAAUAUAUUGCCAAGGACCUGUCUGUUUCUGUGGGACCAUACAGCAUGGGUGAUGACCCCACAACCCCACCAUGUGGACUUAAGAAGGUGGCCUUUCUGCUCUUGCAUACAGCUGCAUAGGACAAAUCUGCAAAGCAUGUUUUGCAUGUGAAAGCAUAGGCCUGUUUGAAUAAUUUUUCAUCCUGUUUUCUUCUGACAGCUUCCUUUCUAAGCCAUCAAGAAAGAAACAAACACUGAAAGUUCACUUUAAAAGACAGACUUUGUCUUGCAAGAGUUCCAUUUUGGGUUGAAUAUUAAGAAAAAUUGUUAAGAUUGAUUGAGGCCAGGCAGCUGUCACAGUUGCUUUAUAUUUGCUUUCUACAGAUAAGCUCUUUUAUCUCCCAAAAGAAGCAUUUCUUAUCCCAGUGUCCAUGGAUUCAGGAACUUAAUUAAGCCUCUGGAAUUGUAUGCUGAAUUCCACAGCAAUGUGUCUGUUCUGGAGGGAUAUUCCAUCACAUACUACUGACUUUCAAAUGAGCCUGUGACCCAAUAAAGCUUAGGAACCCUAGCCCUCUAUAUAAAAGACUCUUUUUACAAACCAAAGUAUUUGAUUGAAAGAGACAUUCAAAAUCAUUUAUUCUAACUACUUAGUUUACUAUUGGGUAAACUAGGGGAGGGAAAAUUAGUCGUCAUGCCUAAACAAGAUCCCUGAUCCCUGGACUACCUUUCAAGGUUCUUUCCAUUGUACUGCACUUAACCUCGCAAGGGGUCUUUCUAGCAAGGGUCAUCAUUCUGAAGGUUUAACAUUUCCCUUUCAUGAGAUUCACAUAUUUUGCCACCAAAUGGAAAACUUCCAGACAUAAGAUCCUGAUCUUACUCAUUUGACAUCUCAAUCAUUAGAAAGGAACCAAAACACAAUUGGUGUUGUGAGUCAGAAAUCUGAGGAGUCGGCAUUUAUGAUUUCUUUUUCUAUUGAUAGAAGGGAAACUACUUGAGAAAGUGUCAUUGCUUGAGUUCCUGUGCAGAUACGUGGAUCACAGACAUUUUAGGGUCUGUGGCCUAUAAUGUGGCCCAGUAUAUGAGAAAGGGCUUUCCUACUGGGAUACUUCUAGCCAAUCCCUCCUAGUUUACUGAUUAUAUAUAAACUGAGAGAGAAGCAUAAACAUAGGGAUAGGGGGAUGAAGAGGGACAGGGAGAUUUAGGGAAAGGAAAAGAUGAAAUAUAAGAAUGCACUCAUAACCAAACCAAUGCAGAUGCCUUUGAAGGAAUAUUACCCAAAGACAAUAGAUACUUACAAGACUAAACUCUGAACACAGGUUAUUGAUGAGUUAGGAACAUACAGGAACAUUGUAGAAGUAAUUGAGUGGAAGUGAUGCCAUUCCCAAUGAAGAAAUUCCCAGGUUGAAUAUUGAACUCUCUCAGCUCUAUCCUGUCCCAAAGGCAAGCGAUCCAAGUAGAUGUUAUUCUGGCUGCUGCUCACUGCCAAAGGGAGUCUCUGUAAGUGCUUGUCUCAGUGCUGUGGUCUUAGUUCAUCCCAUUAGAUGAUUAAGAUGAUUAAAGGAGGCAGGUAUAUAGAUUUUGACCACAGAAGCAGUGGCCAAUGGGCCUCAGUACCUGAUAGAGACAUGGUUUUACUCUGCUUUUCUUUGGACAGAAUAUCACAGUUAUCACUACAAAUAUUGAAAGAUUAUUGAGAACCAGAGAAAAGCACUGCAAUUCCAGUUGAAUAAGUAUCCUGAAAACAUGGCCAUGAGAUUGCUAUGUUUCCUAGGAUAUAGAUUUAAAACCUGGCUUAGAGAGUUGGAAUCACCAGCUGGAUGGAGGCUAGGGAGCAGUGAAUGGCUAGCCUUGCCUUGCUCGGGGGUAUACCCAAAGAAUGCCAAAUAAUUAAUCUCAGUGCUUCCCUUUUUGCACUCUGAUUUAAAGUGUGGUGGGACACAAUGUCAUUGAAUGAGACUGGCUUGACCCGUGUAUGCUGGAUGGAGAGUGAUUCAGAAAAGGCUAUGUGAAGGGGUGAUAAUUGAAGAGUAGCAACUGAGUAUUAGGUUCUUCACAUGCAUCCGUUAUCUCAUUUAGUCCUUACAACAUUCAUGCAGGCAGAUGCUUUAGCUUGGGGGCUAAAGUAACUGACUCAAUUUCAUACAGAAAGUAACAGAACUGUGAUUUGAAUCCAGGCCUCUCUAACUCUAAAUGUCAUGCAGUUUUCCCUUUACCACACAGAGCUCUUAUUACUAGAACUGACAUGACUCUGAUUCUUGCCUGCCCAACAAAAUAUUAAAAUGAAACAUUUGAGGGAAUGGAGAAGAUUCAGAUUCAGUUUAAAGAAAAACUAAACUGUGGCAGAAGAAAAUUUUGAGUUGGGCUUUCUUCUCACCUUCAGUGUACUCAUUUGGGAAUAUUAUUUAAAGGAUCAUUUAAUUUUGCCUUGUGAAAUGAAGAAUUUAUUUUUUAGUCGGCGGCUGUUAAGUCCUUGACUUAAUCAUUUUUUAAAGAAAUAAGGUUCUUGUGUGUCUCUCUUUACUUCACCAAGGUUGUAGUAUAUAUACAGCUUCAGCCUGAGAGACAUCCUCACAUGUGAUUUAAGAAGUGGAAAAGGUCUUGGUGCCUCUGUGCUACUUGAUCCCUUGGGUCAAAUCCCUCAAAGUUUUUUCUGUGUUCAUAGCAAAAGUCAAAAUAUUUAGAAUAAGAAAUAUUAUUGAAGUUUUUAUUAAAAAAAAAAAAAACAUGGAAGGGGGUUUUUCCAGAUUCCGUCGGGCAAAACUCAACAUCCAAUUUCAGUGAUAAAAUAGUAUCAUGUAGAGUACUUCUAAAAUAAUUGGCUAUCAUGGGAAAGCAUCCUUUCCUUUUCAAGAAUCAAGAAGCUCCUUGAUCCUGUAAUAACUAGAACAAAUAAAGUAGUAGAGGAAAAGGCAUUUCUGCGACUAGAGAAAAUUGCUUUUGAGAGAAUGUAGACCAAUGAUACUAUUUUUAAAGCAGCUGCAACAAAUGACCUUGACAUACUACAAGCCCAGAUAAAGCUUCAGAAACAUUGACAAAAUUGCAAAGAAAAGCAAGAUAUCUUGAGGAGAUGUUUUUUUGAUAAAUAAAUGCCUUCAUUUUCAUAGAGAAAAGAGCACUUAAUUCCAAGGACAUUAAUAGAUGCUACAAAGACUGCCUAUGUGAAAUAGGUUUGUAACAUCAGAAAAAAGAAUGAGAUUGUGGGGCUCAUUCAUGUGACUUUCAAUAAAAGUUUGCAGACUGCCUAGUAUGUAUGGCCUUCAUGUGCAGUUUUGUCAUGGAAACAAUCUUAGCAUAUUAGGCACGAUGGUGCAGCCACCAUACAUGGCUCAUUUUGUCUUCUGCAAUUCUAAGGAAAUUUGGGCAUGUGAUCCUUUUGGACCUAAGAAUCUCAAUCUGUAGACUACUUUGAACCAAUCCCUUAUCAUUCUUUCAGACCUCACAGCAUCACUGUAUGUAGAAGAUAGCCUCAUUUUUAGAGAUACAGAAACUUGCAGCUCAAGAAGAUGAAAUUGAUAUGACCACGAUCACACAUUUAGGGAUUGAAAGAAAUCCAGGCCCAGAAGCUAUAGACUUCCUGUUUUUAACACACCACCUUAACCUCAGUAGCAAAGAAAAGGAAUCCCACCAGUAAAUGGAGAAAAUGUUUAGAAAUGAGAUUGAUGGAAAUGACACCUAUAUGUUUUGAUACUCCAAAUAUGGGCCAUUGUCAGUCUCUGUCUCAGCACUACCUGGAGCUUAUUAAAAAUGCAGAUUCUGAGGCCAUCCCCAGACAUUUGGAAUCAUAAUCUGUUUCAAUAAGAUCUCUGGGAGAUUCCUACUCAGUGAUGUAAGGAUUUUGAGACAACAAAACAGGUUGAGGAAGGAGACAUCUUGGUGAGGCAAAGACCAGAAUAAUAGUGGAUAAGUCCAGUCUGGUAUGCCGGAAAUGUUUACAAAGACUAUGUGCAUAGCUGCCAAGCUCUUACACUACUUUCUGUAUGGCCCCUGUACUUUGAUGACAUAUAAAUGAAGUUUCUCUACUUCAAAGAAUGGUUAAAACAGCCUAGGGAAUGAGAAGACUAAGAGUUCCUUGACUUUCAAAUCUCUGAGCAUCAAGGGCAGUUGAAAGUCAACACGACACAAUGGAAAGAACUCGAUGGUGUCCUGGGCAGAAGUGGGGAGGGUUUAGUUUUACUCUUACAAACAUUGCUUCUCUGUAGUAUUGAGCAAAUCCCUCCUCCUUUCUAAAUUUCAGUCAAAUUGUCUAUAUUUAAACUAGGUGAUUUCAAAGGGACUUUUCAGCUCUGACAUUCUGUAAUCCUAAGCUCUGGGUUUUACUGUAGCCUACAUUAUAGAGAAAACAUGGACAGUCUUACUGAGUUUUGUUUGGACAUAGUUUAGCAUCUUUAAUUCACAUAAUAAGAGCUAUAAUAGGAGGAAAUCAUAUUCAUGAGGAAACAGUAUCUAUGAGAACUGCAAAGAACUGGGAGGAACAUGGCUAGUUAACCAGCUUGAAAUUGACCAGUAUUUUAAUUAAAGUGUAACAAGGAAUCCAGACUACUUUAAGAAUCAACUACUCUACCCACACAUGGGAAUCAACUCCUAUAUCCUGAAUAGGGUUUACUUUGCAUGAUUUAAUAAACUCUUCUGACUUAGACUUUUGUAGGAUGGUUGGUUGGGGUAGGUGGGGCUUAUAAAACAGAGAAAAUGACUGUUCAUUUCCCAUUGACCUCUGAUCUUUCCAGUGAUUCUGAUAACCAUUAUCUCAAGGCAAUUGUCUAUAAACUAACAUCUUAAAAUGGAGAUGCAGACCCAGAUAGGAGAAGAGACCUGUCUAAGGCCAAACACAAAAGCCAUGGUAAAAAACAGUAUCUCAUAGCAGCACCCAAGGAGUCUUUCAAUUCCACUUUAUUUGGGUGAAUAGUUUUUCAGAAUCAAACUACCUGCUUCCAGCAGAAAGGUGCACUGGGAGGACUAAUAGGCCUUCCAUCUUAGUAUUUUACUUCCAUCAUAUGUUCACGCUCACUGUCUCAGUUGAGCUUUGCAGAACCAUAUAACCUGGGCAGAGUAGCAAUGAUUACCCUCCUUCUAUUGAGGUUUACAGAGGUGACAUAACUUGACCAAGGUCACACAGGUAGAGAAUAGACCUAGACCUACAUUUUCUAAUUUCACUUAGAAAUUAUGUGCACAAUUUAUGUGAGAGGAGAAGCAGCCCUUUUCUCUGGGAAGUAGCAGGAGUUCUAAGAUCUUAAUUUGUUCAAUCCAUUUACUUCAAAACAGGUUGAUAUUUUGACCCUGUUGGGAGCAUAGCCUAACAGUUUUAUGAUCUGAAACUUUACAGAACACUGAUGUUGCUUCUCAUUUGCCCUCCUAACAGCCCUAUAAGGUAAGUAAGGAAAGACAUUUUACCCCCAUUUGACAGAUGUACAUAUUGAGUUCCAGCAACAUUAAAUCAUUUUCUAUUACUGCUAUAGCAAAUGAUUACAAACUUAGCUUAAAAGAAAAUCCAUUUGUUGUGUCAGAAGUUUGGCAUAGUGUGAUUAGAUUCUCUCAGGAUCUACUUGAACUAAAAUCAAGCUAUCAGCAGGGAUGUGGUUUUCAUCUGGGGCUCUGAAUCCUCUUUCAAGAUCGCUAGCAACUAAAAGAAUUCAAUUCCUUGUUGUAGGACUGAAGCUCCCAUUUUUUUGACAUGUGGCCCCCUUUACCUUCAAGGUAUUUUCUACACAUCAAAUCCUUUUGUUUCCCCUGCUGCAUCUCUCUGACUUCCUCUUCUGACUCUCAUAUUAAGUAUUUGCCUUUUCAGUGGGAUGAUUUCAUUAGACCCAACCAGAUAAUCUAGGAUAGUCUCUAUUUUAAAGUCAGUAAUUACCUUAAUAAUAUCUUCAAUAUCUUUCUUGCCCUGUAAUCACAGUUGUGGAGAUUAGGAGAUGGUGUCUUCUUGGGGGUCAUAAUGCUGCUUAAGAUAGGCAUGAAACAGCUGCCCACAAAAGCCCUGUCUUUCUACAUAAAGAGAUAAUUUUGUCAACACAUUAAUCCUGUGCAAUAAUAAAAUGACAAUUUACAUGCCACCUACAUGGCUAGUUAGAAAGCCUGCAGUCAUUUUACUUUUCCCACCUCUCAAAUACAGCAGAGGCAAUUGGGCAGCACAUUCAAGAAAAUGGUAGUUGGCAUGUGAGAGGGGCUUUUUGAAGUUAGUGGUAUUUUUAGAUGGCAGCUUGUUGCUGAUGACCAACCCCAUAAAUGCUUUCAUUCUAUCUAUAUUCUGGAGGAAAGACAGAAGCAGUUUCCCUAAAGGCCCAGGAUGAGACAUAUUCCCCCUAUCACUUUACUAGAGGAACUAACACAUAUUUAGCAUCUACUACAUGCCAAAUGUGUCUCUUAAGUGCUUUGUAUGGGCUUACUGAAUUUGUCUGAUAAUAGUCCUAGGAGGUAAUACUGAUAUUAACCCCAUUUUAUAGACCAAAAAACAGAAGCACAGAAUGGUUAUAUAAUCUGUCUGAGUUUACCACACUCAGGAAAUGGGGAAUUCAGACCAUUCCCUUAAAGAAUCCCCUAUAGCUUUCACCAGACAGGGGAAAUUCUAGAGGGGAGAUUUAGGUCAAGUUCAUUUCAAAUUCCCUGGCACCUUUGGUCCUAUAAGCUUCCUCUCAGGAUCCUUGCAUUCUGGUAACCCAAGUCAUCACAACUGAGCUUUCCAAACAAUUCUGUUAAAUUUAGAAACUUGCUGCAUUUUAUGGGAUUGGUGGUGGCCAUUAAAGGUGCCCAACUUUUUCUCAGAGGCUGGAAAAAAGGGAGACUCCAAAUCUAGGUGGGUGGGGUUAAGAUGGGUGAGAGCCAGGAAUGUCCUCUCCAGAGUAUAUAUCCACUUGGGAAUUUCCUCAUGAUCUUAUUAGGUGUGCAUUUAAUUUGUAUCACUGCCUCGGAAACUCUGUGAAGUCCAUUUUCUGGAGACCCAGACCCUCAGAAUGCUCAUAAAAGGUGUCUUCAAAAGGUGGCUUUCUUGGUCUUGGAGAACAAAGCUGAGAAAAGGUCUUUAUGCAUCUCCUUUUCCCACUCCUUGGCAACACUCUGGGAACUUAGUUUUCAGUAAUAUUAUCAGUACUGGCUUUAUCCAUCGGGCUUCUGGUUAUCGAGAUUCUUCUAUCUAGGUAUCAAAAAUCUGGCAGUUUCCAUCCUACUGUAGUUCAUAGAGCCAUUAGGAUAUGAGUAGGUGUGUAUGGAUAGCAUCACUUCCUCAGUUGCUCCCUGUGUAUUCUUUGCUAGCCACUGCUAAUCAGAUCUAGGUCUCUACCUCCAGGGAAGGAAAACUAACACCAUAAUCCAUAUUCAUGCCUUUGUCACCAUGGGCAAGUUAUUUCACCCAAAUGAACAUGGCUGUCCCUUAGAAGAGCUCAUUUAGGGGCCUCCCUCAUGGCCCAAGUGGUAAAGCACCACACUAUGAAGCAAUCCACAGCCUCUACAGCAUGAGUUCAAUCCCUUGCCAGCAGGAACCAACCCAUGUGGCACAGCAGACCUCUCCUGUCUCGCCCACUGCUCCCCUCAGCAGUGUAUUUCAGUCAGUCUGCCUGUUCUGUUCCCCACUGUCUCUGGUGAAUCCUCUCAUCCCCCACAUCUCUGGCCUGUACCCCAGCUUUUGUAUGCAUAAAUAAAUAAAUAAAUCUUUUAAAAAGUGAUCAUUUAUUUUUUAUGUUAUUUUAAUAUCCCCCAUACAAUUGCAACCCCAUUAUUUUGACCCCUAUCCUUCCUUCCCCCCAGUAUAUCUUCAUUUCAGUAUAUCUUCAUUACUGAAAAAGAAGAAAUGCCCCCAAAAUCUAGGGUUGAACUGGUAUUUGGAAAAGAAACUUUUCAUAACUUGUGAUGUGCUGCUGAAGGUGAGGCAAGGUAGGGGGUGGGUA